GUCACCAUAGUGUCAAUUGCGAGCUUUCGUCUUCUAUUGCUAUUUGCUGUCGUGAAUAAUAUUUUCUUUAAUUGUUUUGUAUAAAUUGUAAUAUUUGCAGUUAUCUUAAGUUUGGAUCGAAACUCACUACUACUCCACUCAGUAAACCUCGAUAGCAUAUUAUUUGAUGUAUGUUCUAAACACGUCAAAUUAAUACUCGUAUAAAAUAUGCACAAGAUUUGUAAAUAAGUGUUCAACAAACAUUAUUACAAUCAAACAAUAUGUGGUCUUUUUUUUCGAGAGAUCCUACAAAAGAUUUUCCUUACGAAGUUGGGGAUCCAGUUUCGGGGCUUGACGAUAAAAGUGUAUGGACGUUACACAAAGGAAAGAAGAGAGGAACUCAAGAUGAAGUGUCAAUAUUCCUAUUUGAUGUUCAAAAAAAUUCUGAAACUCUUUUUGAUAUAGCCAAGGCGUCAUUGAAACGCCUAAAGACUAUACGGCAUCCCAGCCUAUUACAUUACUUAGAUAGCUGUGAAACAGAAAAAUUUUUGUAUGUUGCAACAGAAUAUGUGCAACCUCUAGCAACUCAUAUUGAAGAAAUGAAACUAGAGGGACAACAACGUGAACUAUUUCUAUCAUGGGGAAUUUUUCAAAUAACUAGGGCAUUAUCAUUUUUCAACAAUGAUGGCAAUAUCAAACACAACAAUGUGUGCUUAUACUCUGUGUUUGUAACUGCUGCUGAGGAAUGGAAAUUAGGUGGUUUCGAAUUUGUCACAAGCCAUGGACAAGAAGGUGCUAACAUUAUACCAAUUAAAAUACUACCUGCUUUGGAAAUUUAUGAUCCGCCGGAAAAAAAUGAUCCAACUAAAAUUAAGUCAGUUACUAAAUGUUCCUCUGAUAUGUGGGGUCUGGGUUGCCUCAUUUGGGAGGCGUACAAUGGCCCAUUAAAAAAUCAACCAUCACUUAAGUGUGUUGAUAAAAUUCCGAAACAGCUGUGCACUUUAUAUUGUGAAUUAGUCAGUGCAAAUCCAGCUUCAAGACCAAAUCCAGCUGAUAUUAUUACUAGAUGUCGUAAAAUUGGCGGCUAUUUCAAAAAUGAUUUGAUAGAUACAAUGUUAUUCUUAGAAGAAAUACAAAUAAAAGAUAAGGCUGAGAAAGGGAAGUUUUUCUCAACACUCGGUAGUCAUCUUGACAGUUUUCCGGAGGCUGUGUGUGUUCAUAAGAUUCUGCCUCAAUUGAUGACAGCAUUCCAUUAUGGUGAUGCUGGGUCUGCUGUGUUGGGUCCAAUGUUUAAGUUAGGAAAGCUACUUGAAGAUGCGGAAUAUCAAAAACAGAUUGUACCAUGUGUGGUGAAACUUUUUGCGUCCAAUGAUAGAACUACAAGGUCAAGACUGUUGCAACAGCUUGACCAGUUUAUUAUGCAUCUACAAAAUUCUACCGUGAAUGAUCAAAUCUUUCCUCAAGUCAUUCAUGGGUUUUUGGAUACAAAUGCUGUUAUUCGCGAGCAAACUGUGAAGUCCAUAGUUCACUUAGCUCCAAAACUGAAUUAUAACAAUUUGAAUGUAGAAGUACUUAGACAUUUUGCGAGACUACAGUCUAAGGAUGACCAAGGAGGCAUUAGAACGAAUACAACAGUAUGUUUAGGUAAAAUUGCCGCCCAUUUGCACCCGCAAAUUCGACAAAAAGUAUUAGUAUCAGCCUUUGUGAGGGCAACACGGGAUUCUUUCCCGCCGGCGAGACAAGCGGGUGUGCUCGCUUUGGCGGCAACACAGCAAUACUUCCUUUUAUCUGAGGUUGCAAACAGAGUGUUGCCAGCCUUGUGUCCGCUUACCGCCGAUCCAGAGAAACAGGUUCGUGAUGCAGCUUUUAGGACUAUCAAAGGUUUUCUUGGUAAAUUAGAAAAAGUUUCAGAGGAUCCUAGCCUUAAGGAAGGAAUGGAGGCGGACGUGCACACAGCGACGCCGUCGCUUAGCAACGCGGCCGCCACGUGGGCGGGCUGGGCGGUCACCGCGGUCACGGCGAAGUUCUACCGCUCGCACUCCGACACGGCCAAGGUGCAGCAUCCGACUAAAUCCGCCCUAUCCAAACCGGGCUCUUUGGAGCAACCAUCGUCGAGUAGUAUGUCCACAACGACAUCGUCUGUGACAUCGAUGACGUCACUGGAACACAGCGAAUCCGCGUCCGACUACGAUCCCGAACAUUGGGACAUGACUGCGUGGGGUGAAAUCGACUCUAGUGCGGGUACGACGGGAGGCAGUGCUAAGUCAGGGGCAAGCAGUGCUCAAGGCACCGGCGGUCUGGCGGCGCUGUGCGAAGACGACUGGGAUAACGAGGAGUGGGGGGAACUGCAAGAACAACCCGCCGCAGAGGCCGAGCUGGCCAGCCCGUCGGAGACGUGGAACAACACGGACUGGAGCCAGCCGAUACUGAACGCGAACGCGACGUUCGUGCGCAACACGCCGCGGCUCGAGCACCGGCCGGCCGCGCACCAGAACAGCAACGACUCGCUCGGCGGCUGGGAGGACGGCGAGUUCGAGCCGAUCGAGGAGAACGCUGACGAAAACAACGCCUCCAAAAUGGAUGAAAUGCGUCGCAAACGUGAAGAAAGGAAGCUACAGCGACAACGUGAAAUGGAAGCUAGGCGGAACGCACGUGGGCAAGGUCCCAUGAAACUAGGAACUAAAAUAACCACCCCACACCCACCCUUUUAGCUACCGGACCUAACUGAACACAGUGAAAUGAAAUUUUCGUGAACUUUAUUAAACACCGAAAUUGGUGUCAGCAAAAUUGGCCAGCUUACGUGACAGCGGCCAUCAUAAUAUAUAAAUAUAAUAAAAAUACACACGAAAAUAUAAUUCUGCGCAAUACGUAUUUGCAUCACCCUUAACUUCGAUUGCUAUUAACUGUCGGCGUAUACUAUGUAUAAGGUCAAACUUUUAUACUAUUGACAUUGACAGCGCGGGAAAUAAAUAAUAUAGGUGAAUUGCAUUAUAAUUUCCAAGGUUUAAAUAAUUUUUACUAUACUAUAAAUUGUGCUGUGCUUUAUGAUAUUUUUAAUUUAAAUGUAUUUUUAAAUAUAAAUCUUUUAUUUUUCAAAUACGUUGAUUAAUUAUUUUUAUUUUAACCUAUUGUAAAGAGUGAGCGUAAAUUGUUUAUUAUUAUUCUAUUAACAGUAUAAUUUCCACUGAUUAAAAUAUCAAUUCUUCUCGCGUUAUCCAUACUGUCAUAGCUAGUCAAGUACUUCCCUAUUCAUUUUAUUAUUAUUCGAAGAAUUGAUUUUAAUCAUUUGAUAUCUUAUCGAAUAGAUUAAAUUCUUAGUUACAUGUAAAUCAUAUAUUUAACGAAUAACGAAAUUAUCAAGAUUCUUUUUAUAAAUUUAUUGAGCUGGCUUUACAAAUAUUAAUUAAAGAUAAAAAAUAGUAUAUAAUAUGUAUGUAUCCAUUUUUUUUAUAAAUUUCUAUUUUAUAUAAAUAGCUGGUUGUGCAAAUAAUGUCUUAUUACAAAUUAAUUAUUUAAUUUAUUAACUUUAUCGCUGACGUGAUACCACGAAUUUGAAUCCUUUUUCAUUAAAUGUAUUGUUUAAAAACAAUAGUAAAGCUUCGUUAAAAAUAAAGAGUCCUCAAAUGCUGCAAGGGAUGAAUUUUUUCCUUGCCUUAUUUCAUAUUUUAACUAGCUUGAAACAAAAUAUAUGAAAUAUUUUGUGCGUCUAAAAAUAUUAUAAUGAGAAUAAAGAUAUAAUAUUACUAAUAAAAAAAGUGCAAGUCUGGUAAAUAGCUUGACACCGUUUUUUUGUAACUUUUGCAAUAUGAAAGCUGUUAGAUGUCUGAUGGUAAAUAGGGAUCAAAUAUUAUAAAACAAAAGCACCAAAUGUAGGCGUUCAAGUGAGACUGUAAUUGCCAGUAUGGCAACUUUAUAAGUAACAAACGUCGCAAACUGUAUUGUGAGCUACUAUUUGAUAUCCCGGACGAGAAAUAAGACUUUAUUAGGCAUGAAUAGCUUAUUUUGGGAAUUUAAGAAAAUACUGAUUGAUGCAAGCUUCACACCUUUUAAAUGUACGUAAUAUUAAUGCUAGUGUGUAUGUGGGUGUCAACAAAUAAUAAAUAUAUUUAUAAAAUUAUUUUUAAUUUAUAUAUUUUCAUAAUAUCAAAUUUUUAUACACAGCAGACGGGCAACGAUAUAUUAUGGAAAAAUUAUCGUUAACCACUAUUUAAUUUUACGAAUACCCGUAUUUUAUAUGUGAAAAUAGACAGCAUCAAGCUUGUUGAUAACAGAUAAAGAAAUUUAAAUUUUAGAUAGAUCUAGUGUAAGUUUCGGUUAUUAAAUUCUAAUUAAAUAAAAUACUAGUGUCCACGAAUAUUUCUAGAUAGACUUUUAAAUAGUUAUUAGCAUCCCUCUGAUCUUAAUAUUUUAAAGGGAAAACACAAAUUGUCUGUUAACUACAUGGUAUGAGAAAAUAAAACACCAAAGCAUAUUAGUGUAAAUGAAGACUGAGUUAAAUGAGAAAGUCGAAACUACAUGAAUAUAUGCCUUAUCGUUCAAGUCCUACGUGUAAGAGUGAGAUGUCACUACUGCGAAUUCAGCUUCGAUGUUUUCUUUCUAAGUUCUGAAUAAUAAUUAUUGAUAAUUUCAUAUAUUUGGUGUUUGUGUGCCUGAAAGGCACGUGGAUAAUAUUCUUCGCAUUCCACCGCAUUAUUGUACAUAGCUUUUAAUUAAUGAUUGCAGAACAUUAAGUGCUAUUAGAUUUUCGUAGAAUAUUAUCCAUGCGAACGAAUCGGUAUUGUAAUGAAUGUUUCGUAAUCAAGUCUUAUAUAGUAUGCGAUGUCUAUACGUAUUUACACUUCUUGUAAAUAAAAGUUUAUAAAAAUGUCAUUUUAUUUUAUGAAUAAAACACCUUUUUUUCAAAAGCAACAUUUAAUAAAUGAGUGUUAGUAUUCAGGCUUAUCAACAAAUUACAAGUAUUUAGUUACAAAAGCAAAGCAUAAUAAAAUGUAGCUU